AUGGAUAAUGCAGAAGCGGUGCGGCGACGAGCGGUCACGCUGUGGGCGGCAGCGGACGCGCCCACAGCGUCGCGCCUCGAGAGCGACUCUCUCGCUAAAUUGCUUGAGAACUCUCAUGCAUGGCUCGGUGCCUCCACAUCUUCGAUUGCAGAUAGCUACCAGUACCAGCUGCAGUCGAUGUGGCAGAAGUGCUGGAACACGAAUCAGAGCCUCGUUCACAACCUGCGAUUCCGCGAGCGCGGACCUCUCAAGUCCUGGCGCCCUGAAACCAUGGCCGAAGCUAUAUUCUCCGUUCUGAAGGAGGGGCUGUCCCUCUCUCAAGCUGCAAGGAAAUACGACAUACCAUACCCGACCUUCGUUCUCUACGCUAACCGAGUUCAUAACAUGCUGGGUCCGAGUGCUGACGGCGGUGCAGAUUUGAGACCAAAAGGUCGCGGCAGACCUCAGCGCAUCCUGCUUGGAGUCUGGCCUGACGAACACAUCCGCGGCGUGAUACGUGCCGUAGUCUUCAGAGACUCACAUACACCACACUCGACGCACCACAUCAAGGAGGAAGUGCUCCCGGUGUAUCCUGCCAUCACGGACGGUAUGAGCGUGCAGAGCCCCUACCCGGUGGCGUGUGGCAACGGGCGCGAAGGCGGCGUGUCUCCGAAUGCGGCCGCCGCCGCCGCCGUGGCUGCCGUGGCGCACGGCCUGCGCCGCCAGAUGUGCAACAUGGUGGUCGCCGCUCAACGGCCUCCCGAUCAUCCGCCACACCUCGGAUUGCCACCGCUUCCGCUUCAGUCACCUCGUCUACCGUCACCGCUCUCCGCCGGAUUGGAAUCGCCGCUCUGCUCGCCCCCGCCCCCUGGCCACGCUCUGGAACCUCCGAAGCCCGCGGAUCCUUUCCGCCCGUUCGCUUCGCCACGUCCGGACAGUCGUUACGGAGAGCGCGACGUCGUCGCUGAGAUAACUGACAUGGGCCCGCCUAAGACACCGGUUUCGAUCGCUAAGAAUGGCAAGGAUCUGUCGACGCCGCUUCCGGUCAAGAUGGAGCCUCCUCCUGCGGAAGCCCGCGCGGAGAACAUCUGA